CUAGAUUUUCAGUAUAAACAGCAUUAACUAGAAAAGCUCUUGCAGGAGUACAUGGACGUGAUCUUUGAGACAUCCAGAGGAAGGCACUUCACCAUAGAGAUUGGCUUCUUUGACACAGUGCUCGAGAUCAAGGAAAAGAUCAAGAGGCAUGAAGGCUACCCAGUCUCGAGCCAGAAGCUGGUCUUCAAAGGCGAGGAACUGAUCGACGAUCGAGACACCGAGCACUACGAAAUUCUUCAAGGCUCUCGACUACAGUUGAUCGUCGCCGAGCCUGACGACGGAAGUCGAGUGAGUGCUGAGGAAGCUGGUCGGGUCCAUGUUAUUGUCAAGAUUCCGAUUUCGAAGAGACAACUGUCGUUGGGGGUCAGUGUGAUGGACGUUGUUAGCAGUUUGAAGGAGAGAAUUCAGGAGUCCGAAGGCAUUCCAGUAAAUCGAUUUGCAUUGUUUUAUGGUACCAUCGAGUUGCAAGACAAUCGAGCAUUGGCUGACUAUGGAGUUACUGAACAUUCUGAAGUGAAUGUAGUUACAAGGCCAUUUCUGCCGGCACCAACAACCUCUGCAUCCAAGAAAUUGAAGCUGAUGGUGCUGCCGAAAUGCGGGACAAAGAAGAUACCAGUUGAAGUGAAUGCAUCAGAUAAUGUAAGCGAGCUGAGGAAGGAGUUGCAGAGAUUGCAUGCUCAUCUACAAUUUGAUCUGCCCAGCGAGGGAUACUUCUUCAUUUAUAAGCAGAAUGUUAUGGAUGAUGAUCAAACCUUCCGUUGGCAUGAUAUACGGCCAGGUGAUACCAUUGAAAUUUUUAAUGGGAAUGUGACCGGCGGAUCAUGAUGUUCAUUUGUUUUAUUUGUUUUAUUUUUAAUACUGCGCAUUUCAGAUUUAAUGGUAAGCCUGCUCUGGAUUUAGCAAUAAACACCAAUUAAAAUUCUGGUGG